AUGAUUGCAGCAGAAGUGGUUGCAGAUCAUGGCUCUUACCUUUCGUAUGAACGUAGAGUAGAAGGUUUGUCAGUUGGCUCAGCUCUUGAAUGUGGCGGCAAGGGCAAUUCUGCCGAGUGUCGCAAGAUAGUUGCUUGCUUGGAGGGCCCCUUGCGGCGAGCCAAUGCUCAAGCAAUGCAGAAGGCCACAAGAUCAAGCAUUGCCAUGGACAAAUCCGGUGACAUCACAUUGCUCAUUUCUCGCAUGCUCUUGCCAGAGGGCAUCUUCGAUUGUGUGCUAGGCCUUGAACUUGACGCUGGCCACCAAGUUGCUGAUCUCAAGAAUGCAACCCGUGCAAUCCUCCAGCGGUCUGCUUGCUUCUCGGAGAAGCCACGCCGGGAAGGGAGUGUCUACCGGUCUGAGGAUGAUGAGUUGGACAAGUCUGAGGAGAUCUUACGCUCCUUCUGCGCAACAGUGUCUUGCGCCGUGGCAGAUGGUGGUCCGGUUGAGCAAAGGGCUCUCUUUGACAUGUCACCUUUAGGGCGCUCACUCACUGCUGUGCCCGACGUGAUGUUCAGCAACUUGCGCUUGAUUGACAGAGACAGGCCACACCGACACCGAUCUGUGCUUCGUGGUACUUGGAGCGCCAUGCAAGAGAAAGUCACAACGUUUUUGGAGGCUUUAGUCACAGGCCCUCGGAGCUUAGCGAGCCUCUUGGAGACAAACUGCAGAUACAGGAAACUCUUUGAGGAGUCCCAGGCGGAAGAGAAAGGAGAAACCGGCCUUGGCUUUGCGAAGACCAUCCGGAACCUGGCCUAUGCUGAACAGCGGUACGACAGCCGUGCCAGGCCUUUGUUCAGGCUGUUCACUUUACUACCAGUUGCUAUAGACACGCUGCAGAAACUCACUCAAAGCUCAGCACCGUCUGAGCGAGAGAGUGUGCAAGUAGCCAAGGACCUUUUGGAGCAGUUUAGCGGAGAUUCUGGUUUUACAACUGUGAUCAAUGCUGCAGUUGCUGCCGACGCCAUGGUAAUCGGAUGGGGCUAUAUUCGGCUUGACGACUCAGCAGCCGCAGACUAUUCACUGACAGGUCCAAGAGCUGCUGAACUGUUACAGACCACGCGGGCUUUGCUGGCAUCUGGCGGGCUGUUCCUAUCAGAGGCCGAUGGUACCCUGACCCAUGCGGCGCUACGUGCAAUGACGGGCCGAGUGGUAUUCCUUGGUAGCGAUGCUUCGACCGACAGCAAUUGCUUUGCAGCUUUCAACCUGGAGUCUGACAAUAUCCAUAUCAAUGACCGCAAGCGCUUUUUGAAAGCCCUGGCCACCAGAUUCAACCUUGAUUCUGGCGAAGUCUGGAAAGCCUUCAUCGGAAAUGGCCUCCUUUGUCGUGCUUUGUGGCAUGCUUCGCCAGCUGGUGUAUGCGUCGCUGCUUCAGACAAGCCCAAGCGGCCUUCCAGCAAGAGAUUGGUGUGCCACGAGCCGGAAACAAUUUCCCAACGAGCUUGGCUCCGAACGUGGCAAGAAGCCCGGAAGAGUGGCAGCAAAUCAACUGCGUGCCUCCACUUGAUCGAAGUCUUCUUGAGCAGCAUGUCCAACUCGGGCACCGUGGAUAGAUUCCUGGGGUUGUGCAAGCUGACGCAGUUGCGCCGCGGGCAUGUUGACCAAGGUGGUCUUGAAGCAGCUUUGAAGGUUUUGACGCAAGAUUUAGGCGGUCGCAGAAGGGAACCUUUGAACCCCAAGCAGUUGCUGACUGAAGCCGUGCCUCGACAAGCUUCAGCUGGAGGUGGGCAAGUUCGAUCUCCAGCAUCCCAGUAUUGCUUGCAGUCCAUGCGGCUGUACAAGCUUUGGUAUGGUGAAAGGAAUUGCGCAGGCCGAAGUUUGGAGCCAUGUGCUAAUGUGAUCGGUACAUUGAAAGCUUCCAAGCCUCGGUUGUCUUCGCUCCGUGCUUCGAAUCCUAAAGCAGAAGGCCAGCAACUCAAACAGCACGCAGCUUCUGUGAAGGCCGCAGUGGAGAAGGUGAAUGAAGGAGGUGGAGGAGUGGGGUCAGGCCCGCUUGGCCCCAUCCACUUUCCAAAAGAGGCCCCCCAUGCGCUUUCAGCCCAGUCAAAAGCUUGUUGGGACAUGGCUCGGAGGAAGAGGCCUGGUGAUGUGAAAGAAGGUGACGCAAAGCGGCAAAGAUCUAGCGCCGCUGAAGUUUGCACAGAUACCAUUGAUAAACAGAGGCAUGUCCUGAAGCAAAAAGAAGCUGCCAAACUCCGAGAAAGGCCAAACGAGCCCACGCCGUAUGUUGAUGCGAAAGGUGGCCUCAUGCGGCCAGAAGUUCCACCCUCGUGCCAGAAGCCAAAGCCACCACCUGCUUUGCCGCAAGAACCGCGCUUGCACCGUGCAGACGAUUGCAAGCGGCCAGUGCCACUGAACCUUGGCCUGAGGAGAGUUCUUGGGGAUGAGGUGCCCGAUUUGUACCUCGUGCGCAAUGUCUUGGAAUCUUGGGAAAGUCCCACCGGGCUGUACGCCCGCAUUGCUGGUGGUCGUCUUGUCGACCAUAGUUGGCUUGAUUCUCUGGCCGGGAAGGGCGAGAAGGGUGCCGGCACGUGCUUCUAUUUCUCCAGCUUCAUGCGAAAGCAUCACAUAGUCCUGUUCCUGACGGCAGCUUUUUGCAGGCAGCAUCCUGACCAUAUGAGAAUCCUUGAACAUUGCUGCAGCAUCAGCCCGACGUUGAAAGUUGGGAAGUCUGACCGAAAGAGGCUGGAAGUGACCACAGACAAAAUGCCAGAGAAGUUGGAAUUUCCUACAAAAUCUUUUCGUUUGGUCGGUGAUGAACCCAGCCACGCUGACGAGAAGCCGUCGCUGACUUUGCCGGCCUUGCUGUUGAAGUGCACAAG